GUUCAAAUCAUUUAUCUAAGGUAGUAUUUGUACCUCACCUCAUCAAGUCCCCCAAGUUCAUAUGCAAAAUUUUUCUUCUAAUAAUUUUGGGUUUGAACUUUUAAAAUUUCCUUAGCCAUGGAAAAGGAUAAUUGAUUUCACAAUUUUCUCCUCCUUUUUCUCUUUUAUCUCUUUCGGCUGCCAAAAGGGACCCAAAAGAUAUAUCCCUAUUUUUUUUUUAUAGUUUUCUCUGGUAGCGGCUGAAUCCAAGUGGUGAACCUUUCUUAUUUUGUUAAUGGUUGUAGGGAAAUCAGAUUCAAGGAGAUAAAGGCAAGGGCCGUAAUGAGAUAAGCAGCGUGUAUAUAUACCUACGUUUCGGUCCUCACGCAUCAGUAGUCUGGUGGAACACCUUUUAGUUUAAUAUCGAAGCAACUUUUAUUAAAACAGUAUUGUUAUUUGUGAUCCGUAGGAUCAUCUAGCCGGCCCAUCACACAUUCCUCAAAGUUGAAUUGUGACGAUUUGAUGUUCCUUGUCUGCGAGUUUGGUGAUUUAAUUGAUUGUUCCGCUUUGGUAGAGCUAUAGCAGACAUUACUUCUCUUGUGUGAAGCAUCAGGAGGUGUUUCCCUUGGCAUGUCGGAAGCUAGUAGUGACCACGUUGGGGGUACUAGUAUUGAGGGGACUAGUGAGACUGUGGGUAAGGUUAGUAAGGUUAGGAGACCACCCGAGAGUAUUGGUGAUUGUCUCUCCUCCCUAACUAGUGAUGAUCUCUCAGCUUGACUAGUUCAUAUCCAUACCUUGUUAGAUAUCAUCCUUCCCUUCCUACUGAGGAUGAGAUGGCUAAUUCCCCACCUCUUGGGAAGAUUACUUUGUAUAAGACUUUCCUUACCCACUCUAACCUUAGGCUUCCUUUUACACCUUUCUUUAUCAAGGUGUUAUCUCACUAUAGAAUAAGUGUUGCUUAGUUGAAUCCAUCCGGGGCUUGGAAAAUUGUUGCCUUUGAGAUGCUAUCCAAAGCCUUAGGUUACAUCCCUUCCUUAACCUUGUUUAGAAAGUUCUUUAUCUUGACCAGGAAGGGUGAUUGGUUUAUAUUCACCUUCCGAGACAAUGACCAUAAAUUUAUAGGCAACCCCCUGAAGCCUUCCUUGUGGCGAUGUGACUACUUCUUUGUUGAUGACACAUUUGUUCCGGAUGAGCUCAAGAAUAUGUUUCGUUUGGGUAGGAAAGUUGAUGAUAGGUUGAUGAAUAAAUCCGUUAAUGAGAAAGUUGCAGAUGUGUUAAUUAAUAGAGCUCAUUACAAAGCACUUCGGGUUAGGUCUAUUCCAUAUAAAUCUUAUCCCGAAGGGAUGUUGGCCAUGGUUGGGCUUAGCCCAGAUUGGGAUUGGGCAGAGAUCCCCAUACUUAGGAGGAGAUCCACUAGAGAAUUGAUAACCUUAAUGGAGGGGCUUAAUCUUUCCUUGUCAGAUCUUGAGGUUGAUGCAGCCUCUGAAGAUAAAGGGAUGCGCCUUCGUGGACAAGUUGGUGAGGUGAUAUCCUUUAAGCCUGAUGGACUUGGUAACCGGUCCCUGUUUGAGAUGCUUGAUGAUACCUCUCUAUCUACUCUUGAUUCAUUAGAGAUUUCAGAUGUUUCUAGAUUCAUCAUUGAAGAUCCAUCUCCCUCAAUACCCUUCCCCGACCCAGAAGGAACAACCUGGGAAAUAGGAGUGAAUUCCUCCAUUUUAGUCAAGAAACAAACAAAUAAACACCAAAAAACCGUCAGUGAUCAGUAAAUUCACGGAUGGUGCCAAUGUUUGAGCAUGAAAAUGAGGAGCUCAAUCACAAAAGGGGUUUAACCACAAGAAUCAUCAUGAUCUCCUACAAGGUAGUGCAAACCUACUAAAUUCUUGGCGAAUCUAAGGUGUAUGAUGAUUUUCCCAUAGAGAUGUAUCGAUCUAUGGAGGAUAUGAAUGUAAUAUGAUUAUAUAUGAUGAUUAAUUGAUGAUGGUGAAUAUCUAUAUUCUGAUGAUUAAUUGUACUGGAGAUGUGCAGAGAAUGUUGUAAUGAAUAUAUGUGUAUCGUACGAAUAUGAUUGUAUGCGAAGUUGUAUGGUAUUGAAUUGAAUAUGCUGACA